GGGCGCGGAGCCGGGCGGCUCGGGGCCCAGAGAGCGCCGCGGCCGGCAACCCGCCGGCCCCUGACAGCCCCCUCCCCCCCGGCGGACGACGACGACGACGAGGGUGCCGGUCAUGGCGGAGCAGCGAACCGAGCGCGGGCCCUGAGCACCACCGCAUGGAGCGGGACGAACGGCCGCCUAGCGGAGGGGGAGGCGGCGGGGGCUCGGCGGGGUUCCUGGAGCCGCCCGCCGCGCUCCCUCCGCCGCCGCGCAACGGUUUUUGUCAGGACGAAUUGGCAGAGCUUGACCCAAGCACUAUUUCUGUUCCAGAUGAUCGGGCUGAACAACGAACCUGUCUCAUUUGUGGGGACCGCGCCACAGGCUUGCACUAUGGAAUCAUCUCCUGUGAGGGGUGCAAAGGGUUUUUCAAGAGGAGCAUUUGCAACAAGCGGGUAUAUCGGUGCAGUCGUGACAAGAACUGUGUCAUGUCUCGGAAGCAGAGGAACAGGUGCCAGUACUGCCGCCUGCUCAAAUGCCUCCAGAUGGGGAUGAAUCGGAAGGCAAUCAGAGAAGAUGGCAUGCCUGGAGGCCGGAAUAAGAGCAUUGGGCCAGUCCAGAUAUCAGAGGAAGAGAUCGAAAGGAUUAUGUCUGGGCAGGAAUUUGAGGAAGAGGCCAGUCACUGGAGCAACCAUGGUGACAGCGACCACAGUUCCCCUGGGAACAGGGCUUCAGAGAGCAACCAGCCCUCACCAGGCUCCACACUGUCCUCCAGUAGGUCUGUGGAACUAAAUGGAUUCAUGGCAUUCAGGGAUCAAUACAUGGGGAUGUCUGUGCCUCCACACUAUCAAUAUAUACCGCACCUUUUUAGCUAUUCUGCCCACUCUCCACUUCUGCCCCCACAAGCUCGCAGCCUGGAUCCCCAGUCAUAUAGUCUGAUUCAUCAGCUGGUGUCAGCCGAGGACUUGGAGCCAUUGGGCACGCCCAUGUUGAUUGAAGAUGGAUAUGCUGUGACUCAAGCAGAGCUAUUUGCCCUGCUUUGCCGCCUGGCUGACGAGCUGCUUUUUAGGCAGAUUGCCUGGAUCAAGAAACUGCCUUUCUUCUGCGAGCUCUCAAUCAAGGAUUACACGUGCCUCCUGAGCUCUACGUGGCAGGAAUUAAUCCUGCUGUCCUCCCUCACUGUUUACAGCAAGCAGAUCUUCGGGGAGCUGGCUGAUGUCACCGCCAAGUACUCACCCUCUGAUGAAGAACUACAUAGAUUUAGUGAUGAAGGGAUGGAGGUGAUUGAGCGGCUCAUCUACCUGUAUCACAAGUUCCAUCAGCUAAAAGUGAGCAAUGAGGAGUAUGCUUGCAUGAAAGCAAUUAACUUCCUAAAUCAAGAUAUCAGGGGUCUGACCAGUGCCUCGCAGCUGGAACAAUUGAACAAACGAUAUUGGUACAUUUGCCAGGAUUUCACUGAAUAUAAAUAUACACAUCAGCCGAACCGUUUUCCUGACCUCAUGAUGUGCUUACCUGAGAUUCGCUAUAUUGCAGGAAAGAUGGUGAAUGUACCCCUGGAGCAGCUGCCCCUCCUCUUUAAGGUGGUGCUGCAUUCCUGCAAGACAAGUGUGGGCAAGGAGUGACCUGUCCCCAGCACCCCUCCUCAGGCCAAUGGCAAGGCCUGGGGUGGGCAGGACAGGCUCCGGAAGAAAGAGCCAGAGAGACCAAGAUGGAGGCUCUGGAGCAGCCUUGCCAGUUGCCUCCAUAGCAAAAGAGUUUUUGUUUGUUUGUCUUGUUUUUUUAACCUCAUUUUUCUAUAUAUUUAUUUCACGACAGAGUUGAAUGUAUGGCCUUCAACAUGAUGCACAUGCUUUUGUGUGAAUGCAGCCGAUGCAUUUCCUUGCAGUUUACAGAAUGUGAAGAUGUUUAAUGUUACAGUGUUGUCAUUGUUUAGAGAUAGUUCUUUUGUAUUUUGAGGGAGAGGGUGGGAUGGGGCUGAGAUGACUAUUUCCAUAAUAUUGACAAAGAUGACUACCUCAGUGGAAAGGGAGGGGUGUGACCAACCCUACUUUUUCCACAUGUUCUCAGCAGAUUCAUACAUUUGUCUGUCAGAGAGCAAACUGCCUUUUUCUAGCUACAGAAUUACCAGGUAAGAGAGCACACCAUAAAAGGGAAAGUGGUAUUAGGAGGUUUACUAAGCAAAGUGGGUGAGACAUUGGGAACAGGACAAGAGAUGAGGAUUUAGCUAUCUCUUUUCUUUGGAAAGCAUGAAAGCUGAGAGUCGGGCACAGUGACCAAAUCUAAGUUAGGUGUCCUCCCUCCAGACGAGUCCUCAGGGAGAAGGGUUUCUUUUCUCACACCACACUGUGGGGCCUCCCCUCUCCACCAUCCAUACGACCACUACUAAUUUCUGCCACUGUCACCUUUUCACCUAGGCAAAGCCCUAGUGGUAAGCUAAUCCUUGGGAUUUGCCUACCAUCUCCCUUGGGGCUCACAGCUACCUAGUUUCCUUACUUUCCUUAGACUCAUUGCCUCUCCCUUAUAAAACUUGACUUCUUAUUGGCCCUUUGAAAAAACAGGUGAGUUCAGAAUGUCAUGUCCAGAGUCCUGAUGCCCACUACUGAUUUACUCUCCUUUCACCUUCAAAGAGUAGUGGGACAAAGACCAGACUGCUAAUAGCAUAAACACUCCUCUUUUGGAGUUCCCUGUUUCUCUCCCCACCCCAUCCCAUUCCACCUCCAGAUCUGAAUCUAAAACUGCAGUCUCUUUUCCAAACAGCUGGAAGGAUCAUUCACCCGUCUGCUGACCAGAAUUUUUGCCCCUACAUUCUACUCCAUGCUCUCCUAAUCUCUCCCAAAAUGAAACCAGGUUUCUUCAGAAUAGUAAGCCCAAGACCCAGAGUGGCCCAGCUGUCCCUUAGAGUUAUCCAUGGCCUGGCUGACCAAGGUAUGGAGGGCUAGAGUCCAAAGCUCCUGGAAGGGAAGGGGGCCUUUAAACUACCUCAUGUUCCUAAAGGCCUGGCUGCCCCCUCUGCAGGUAUGGCCUGGACCCCUUGUUCUUUCACUACCUGCCCCGCCUAGUCCUGGGAAAUGUUCCUUACCCUCUUGGCUUUGGCCAGUAGUCACACAAGGUCUGUCAUGGAACUCUUUCAGGUGCUUUUCCCUUCUCUGCCUUACUACAGCAGUUGUCCCUGCCUAAACCCACGUACCUCCCACAGCCAAUGCAGCAGACAGGCCAGUUAGCUGGGUACAUCUCUGGCUAGGCUUGAGGGGCCUACAGGACCUCCUUUUGCCUGUUUAGUCAAAGGCUGUUUGCUCUCUUCCCAGCUCAGCCUAGCACACUUACUCAGAGGGCCACAACAUUGUGUGCAUAUCGGGUAGUCUGCGUCAGAUUGUAAUUUUUUCUUUCCGGUGAAAUGUUACGGGUACCAGCAGAGUGAUGACUUUAUCCCUUGAUGGAUCUAAAACUCAGAGCAUUACUUCCCAAUGCCGUUUCCCCAUUUGCUCUGAGAAAGGAAAAAAAAAGAAGAGACGUGGUCCUCAGGAAAAGCACCAACCAGAAUGUUUUUCACAUGUCAAUGGGAAGAUUUGUGUGUGUGUAUUUGUUUAUUUCUAAAUUCACAAUAUUUUUGUUUUUCUGCUCUUUUAUUUAACCAACUAGAUCACACUCUUUGGCUACAGGUCAGACUCCGAGCCGCUUUCCUCAAGGUAGGGGAGGGUACACAUAUCAGAGACCCCUUCUCCAGGACGGCUCUAAUGUGCUGCAUCUUUCUUUGCUAGACCUCCAUCGGCCAAAUUAUUAUUUUUUUUUGAAAUUGCUUUUCUCUUAAAUUAAGCAUUUUACUGGUUGGGUUGGGUAUCAGAGGGAACUGCUCUCCAUGAAGCAGCAACAUGUCUCUUUAAUAAUGCAGCAUUAAACACAGCAAGUUGUUAAUUUGUCGAGUGGGGGAAAGGUUCUGCAAGUUGCCAUUGUACAAAUCCAUUUUUACAAAUGUUUGCAGCAGAUUCCACAAGAACAAAGAGCCCAUUCAUUGCUGAGAGCCCUGCAGAAUCUCUGAGCCAAGUGGCCUUGUGUUCCAAGCCGGAGCCUGACCUGUGGACCACCUUUAAUGUCUUCUGCACCCAGUCCUUUUAUGACAUGGGCUUUUUUUAAACAGGGUAAAGUGACUGUGUUGCGUCGCAAACUCAGGUAUUAUGAGAGGAAGGUAGGAGUGUAGCUAGCAGUGUGGAGACAUUAGGUCAGCCACUAGAUGUAUUUGUGAAUUCAGUUUGAAGGACACAGAGAAAGGUUGGAGGGGGAGGUUUGAUGUGUUUAUUUUUUGCCUUUCUUCCCAUGAUGUUUGGUUAACAGGUAGCCUUUUUGCUAGUGGAAAAGAAAAAAGUUGUGCAUGUUGUCUGUAAUUCCCCUCCCUUCUGUCCUCUCUCUGAUCCCCUGCCACCAGCAGCACUCACUUUGAGUGAGAAUUUUUCCACCAUAAAAAUAUGACUCUGAAGGCUGUGUGGUAAAGGAGAAUCCCACCUCAUUGCACUGCACUGAAACGUACAAGCUCUUCCCUUCCUUUCCCUUUGAAUGUUUUCUUGACCCGAGACAGAAGUUUGGAAUCUUGGAACUUCACCUACAACUCAUGCUCUAUGGCUCCUUUGUAGACUUUUGGAGUCUUUCACAAGGCUUGGUGGUCUUACCCUCAGUCUGGAGAAACUCCCCAGAACCUGUCUCAAAGCACUCCAUCUGGCUCAGAGGAUACCCAGCCCCCCAGCCAGGCCUGAUCCUUAAGUGAGGUGGGCAAACCUCCAGGGACAGAAAGCAGCAGGCAAGAACCUCUGUCCUGUUCCCCAGAUCCAGAGGAGGAGGGAUAGAGGGAACUGAGGGGUCUCCAUGGCAUCAUGACAGUCACCCUCUCCACAGCACCGUGCCUCUCACCUGCCACGCCUUGUCAGGGAAGAGAGUCCUGCCGUGGCCAGUGUGUCACCAGGUCCUUAAAGCCCUGGGCUCUCUGAGCUGGCUGCCUUGCUCUACUGCCCAUAUCCUACCUUUGUUCUCAAUUUACUGGGGAAUGGGACAGACGGAGACAGACAGACAAACCCAGUAUGGGCAACAUCUAGGCCAUGUCCAAGGUUGGCCAAAGUAAAGGGACUCUGGCCUCCCAGCAGGGCAGGAAGUUGAGCAGUGGUUCCAAGUCUUUAGCUCUGGGCCCCUGGUCUGUGUCUUUUUUUCCUUGUUGCUUUUUAAAAUUUUGCAAUUGUUUUAAGAAAUCCAGUCUUUUAGACCAGCCCUUUUAUUAAACUUUAAAUUUUUCUUUGAUUUUUUUAAAGUAAAAAAAAAAAAAAUUAAAAAAAAAAAAAAACUAAACAAAAACCCCACCACUCUUACUUUCCCCAACUUGAUCCAUGAGAGUCCCCCUGCACUCCCCUCUGCCUUUGCAGUUGAUCAUUCCUCCCUUUUCCCUCAGCUUGAAGCAUCUAUGUCCAGUGUCUGUGAAAUGAUGUUUUAUCUGUGUCUCAGGAUAAGAAAUGGCAAUCAUUCCACCAGGUGCUGGAAACUGGUUAGCCUUGAGGCAAGGGUUUCUAGGACCACAGCUCAGGGAUGUGUAUUUAAUUACAGGGUCCCCAGAAACCCCUCUCCUGGCUACCACAAGCAGCAGCUUCUUUUCUGGGCUUGGGAGCCAGACCUGGACUGUUUCCUCAGAGGCAGGGCCCCCAGAAAAGAUCCUGGGGCUUCCUCUUUGGCCAGAGCUGGGCUCCCUUGAGACUUGAAGAAUUCUGGCUGUCCUGCAACAUAAGCCGCAGUGACCCUGCCUCUACCGGCUCACAAGAUGCCUGGUCCCUCUGCCUAAUCCAGUCCUCAUCUGGCCUCCCUUCUCUGGGCCUGCAGCCCUCAAUGGGCCACAGCCUGCUCAGGAAUCAGUUGCAGGCUCAAAGGGAAGCUGUGAAUCAGGCCAGAGUUUGCUUCGAGCCCAAGAAAAAGGUUGUCUUAAUGGUGGAGGCUAGUCUUCCAAAUCCGAGAGCCAGCCCUGCCAGCCAAAGGAUCAUUUUUGCCCUUUGGUGACCAUUGUUUUCUUUCUCUGAAAUGUCUUAUAAUAGGUGAUAAUGUUGUUGACUCAAAUUUCCAUGAAAAAGAAAAAAAAAACAAAAAAACUACCUCUUGAGUGACAUCCUGGUCUAUUCCUCUCUGAGGAAUCUUGUGGGAAAAGAAUACUGUAGCUCCUGCUCUGUUUACAUGUUUCUGUUGGGAAAGAAACCCCGCCUGCCCUGGGGUGUUGGUGUUUUUGUCUAUGUUGCCAUCCCAGGCCUGCGAUAGGGGCUUGUGGCUGUGUUGUAAUGUCUGGGCCAUGUCUGAGGAGUCCUUCCCACCUGCCCAGCCAGGGACUAGCCACCCCCUUGAAGAGGCUUCCAUUUCCUUCCUAUGAUCCAAGGCACAAGGAGCACCACCUCCCGUGACACCACCUUCAGGAGCUCUGGUGGCACGUGCAUCCAUGAGCCUACCCCUGGGCUACCUACCCGAGGCCCACCUCUACCCACAGUCCUGUAUAGGAGUCGAGUAAACAGGAUGUCUUUGAGCCCUUGUCCCCAAAGGGCCGGCCAAGGGCUGCCCGCCAACCUGGCUCCAUCAAUCCUGCAUGACCAAGUGAUAGUUGGCGGGCUCUGCUACCCAGGCCCUCUGCUACCUCCCACCCUGCCAUCUGGCAAGGGAUGGGCCCUUUUCUGUGAAUUGACUACCUGUGGAAAUGUGACCAAUUAGUGUGAAAUGCAUGUUUAGCAAAUGUUAGGUACUGUAUUUGAACCAAUAAAUGUGAA